CCGUGGCAGCGGCCGAGGGUGGCGGGCGGGCUGGGCGCGGGCUGUGCCUGACCGGAGCGAAGCUGUCCGCCGACAUCUGCUGUGGCACCGAGAGCUGCGGCUCCGGGGCCGCCAGGCAGAUAGGCUCUGUCAGUGACUUCAGCCUCUAGCCCAUGCUGUUUCCUCCGCUUGGAAUGCCUUUCCCUGGCCUCCUUACUUGCUAAACUCUGUGCUCCUCCAGGGCGUGCACCAUGUUGCACUCAUCCUUGUACCCCCAGCACCUAGCAGUGCUGGCAUGUAGUAGGCACUCCAGAAAUGUGUGUUGAAUGAACGAUGCCUGUGACAAGCAACCGGACUUUAUUCUUUCCUGACCCUUGCUCCUAUGACACACCUCCUCCUGGCUGCCACUGUCACCCCUUCAGAACAGAACUUCUCUAGGGAAACUGGAAGGGAAACAGCUAUGGCCAAGGACAUCCUGGGUGAAGCAGGGCUGCACUUUGAUGAGCUGAACAAGCUGCGGGUAUUGGACCCAGAGGUUACCCAGCAGACCAUAGAGCUCAAGGAAGAAUGCAAGGACUUUGUGGACAAAAUUGGCCAGUUCCAGAAAAUAGUUGGUGGUCUGAUUGAGCUUGUUGACCAACUUGCGAAAGAAGCAGAAAAUGAGAAGAUGAAGGCCAUCGGCGCGCGGAACUUGCUCAAAUCUAUAGCAAAGCAGAGAGAAGCCCAACAGCAGCAACUCCAAGCACUAAUAGCAGAAAAGAAAAUGCAACUCGAGAGGUAUCGGGUUGAAUAUGAAGCAUUGUGUAAAGUAGAAGCAGAACAAAAUGAAUUUAUUGACCAAUUUAUUUUUCAGAAAUGAACUGAAAAUUUAAUUUUAUAGCAGGAGGGAAAAAAAAAAAAAUCAAAGACCAAAAACACCUCUGUACCAUUCCAGUGAUUUGACUAAUGACCCAAGUAUGUUGUGUGAGAUGUGUAAGGAAUGCAGCUCUACGAAGGCAAUAAAACACAUCUGGGGGCGCUUGUUUCAGAUGUCAGAGCAUCUCCGCUGGUGAAUACCCCGUGACCACGGUGAUCCAGGUUCUCACCUCUUGUGUUCUUAGUCUGAACUGAGCUAUCUGUAAGCUUUUUUUUUUUUUUUUUGGUAAAUUCACAAAAAUUUGAAACAAAAAGCAAUAAAUUAUUGUUUUUCAAUGGCUUGAUCUACCUUUUUCCUGAUGCCCUUGAAGUGUACAUUUAACCCCUUGUUAGAGAGUGCUGGAUUCUCUAGCCCCUAGUCCACAAAAGAAACCAGGCAGUGGUCAGCAGCUACCUUUAUUUGGACCAGACACAUGAGUCAGACAACAGUCCCGGCAAUCAGACCAGUAUGGCUUGUGAGCAAACAGGCAAAGAGAAGGAACUGACUGGGUCCAGUUUCCACAGUUUUCCAUGUGCAUUCACAAGUCUUUUUUCAAAAGAGUUGGCUUUGUGUUUGGAUUUAGAGAAAGCUAAUGGAACACCAGAUACUAACGUGGAGAACCUAAGUGCACACACUGGACGUUAUGCUCAGCCGUCUCCCUCCUAGGACUGAGAACAAGACAGAAGGAAUGAUUAAACUAUUAGGACGAAGUUAUCCAGAAGGAAGUACACUUCCAGAUCAGGUUGGAAAUCAGACCUCAGAGAAAAGGUACUUAUUAUAGAUGGUUUGUAAAAUGAAGUAUAGGUUUGGAAAGAAAAUAAACAGACAAAACUUUUCUCCUGGGACAGAAAACAUGAUAAGAGUUUUUG